AUGUCCGAAGAACGCGAAAAUCAGCUGCCUGCAUGUCAAAAAUGCAGAUUGCGCAAAGUCAAAUGUGACCGGCAAGCACCCAAAUGUACCAACUGUGCGAAAGGAAGUGUCGCCUGCAUCGUUGUCGACCCGAUUACUGGAAAGCAGUAUGCACGUGAUUAUAUCAGGCAACUGGAAGAGAAGGAGCGCGACCUCACGCAAAGACUUGGUGCACUCGACGAUGCAGGGGUUGUCACUCCAGUCUCGACUGAGAGAUCGGACGGUUCCCAUCCGACACCGGCAGGCCAUGAAGCGGCAGCGAGCUCGGGAACUCAAAGCGGAUUUGUCGGCGAUGGCAGUGGAUUGGGUUUCUUGCAGAACAUUCUUUCUGAUACUAAAUGGCAACACCAUCGCGCACAGAUACUGGAGCAGCUGAAGAAGCGUCCUCGCAUCGUUAGGCAUCGGCUCGUUGCUUACGCUCUGCCACCGAUAGUACAAGCGCGACAAUUGUUUGACAAUUAUUUCGCUGGGUUCCAUGUCCACCAUGCUAUUCUACUACGCAGCGAGAUGCUGGACGUCUUUAACCGGGUCUACUCAGUCCCGCCAUCACUAGGAAGACCCUCUGCUCAGGACAAUUUCCGCCUUUUCAUGUUGUUUGCAAUCAGCGAUACAACUAGACAUCGGGGUUGCCAAAGUGCUAGUCAAAGUGCUGAACAUCCAUACGGCUACUAUCUUGCUGCUGAAAGUUACCUUGCCAAUAUACCACUGAUCAAAGGUCUGGACGCUAUCCAGAACUUAUUGCUCAUAGCAAGGUUCGGCAUGUACCAUCGUAUUGGAGCGUCAAUAUGGGAAAUAUCCCACCUUUGUAUGCGCCAAUGUAUCGAAUUGGGUCUUCAUCUGAAUGCAUAUGGCAAUCCGGACCCUUUGAAAGAACAACACCAGCGCAGGGUAUUUUGGGAGUGUUACGUUCAUGAUCGUUACAGCUCUGGCAUUCUGGGUCGUCCUUUCGCUCUACUUGAGUCAGAAAUAAGCAUGCCACUGCCCAUAGAUGCCGACGACGAGACGAUCAUAACAUCUGGAACGAAUGUACUUGAUACCGUUCCGACUGUCACGCGUGUACACCCAAGCGAAGUCUCAAUCAACUUGUUCUGCAUCAAGCUGCGGCGUUUAAGCUCAAGGGUACACACAGCCUUUUACACCAGUCGCAAAUCACCCUCAAGCGGUACUGCAGACGGCACUCGGACACCAGCAUUCCGAUCAAUCGGAAAUGUCUACUCGUCCUUUUCUCAAUUCGAUAGCGAGCUUCAUGCGAUACGGGCGUCAGCACCUGUCUUCUCAGGACCCAGAUGUCUGUACGAGCGAUCUGAAUGGCACGACUUUAUGUAUGAGAAAGACCGCCUUCUGCUUGCCCGUGGUGCCAUGCACAACGUUCCGGCACGACAGUUCUCUGGCGCGUCCAUACUGAAGGAGAUACUGAGAACGUGCUACAUGUCAGCAACGCGUACAAUAGAGUUGUAUGCGAAUCUACGAAGCAAGGACGCUAUCACUUGGACGCGCAGCUACUUUCAGGUCAUCUUCACAGCCGGCCUCACUGUAAUCUAUUGUGUUAUCUUGGAUGUCUUGAACGACAACCAUGGGCUCUCUGCGACUCAUACGGACCCUCUGCGAACACUUCAUAUCUGCAGCUCACUGUUAGAUUUCUUCAAAGACAAGAUGCCAGACGCAGGGUCUUUUGCGACUGUGUUCAACGUUAUAAAGGAAGAGUUUGUGAAAGACCGUUUCGCGCAUUUACUACCCUCGUCAGCCAACGUCACAGGGGCCCCUACUUCACAGCACCGCCAGCAGCUCUCAGGCCAUCUCUCAAACCAGGAAGUUCCUCCAAGUCAUUCAGUCAAUGCGAAUCCGCUACAUUCGGGCAUAGCUUCUGUCGAUGGACAUUAUCUACCAUCCGUUGACGAACAACAGCAACAAACAACAGCAGAUGCCAUGUCACUUCGGGACUUUUCCGACAUCACAACUGCUCAAUUUUCGCAAGAACUUGCCAUUGGUCUUACAGACGAUAUUAUGAAUCAACUUGAAUCGGGGCUGGGUGAAUACGUAUGGGGUUCGUUAAAUCCCGAGAUGAAUUGCUGGAAUCUUCUCGGUUACGAGUAA